AUGGCCGACCACCUGCAACUUCCACAUAAGAAGCGCCCACCGCCCGAAGCUACGACAGAGUUGCUAUUGAAACGACCUUGUCUCAAGACGCCUGGAAUCGACGACGUAGCCAUCGAGGUUCGAUCCCAGAGGUCAACACAGGUUCCACAAGCGCUAAAGUCGUUACGCCUCACGAAGGAAAACUUGCGCUUGCUCAACAACAUGACCAGGGCUACUGGGCCAGGGAAGUCCAAAACGGCAUCAAGCAGCACUACAAAGACGAUAAAAUCGGACAAGACAAAAACUAUGGCCACUAGUGGCUUCCAGGGGCAAGCUAUAGCCAAUGGGAUACUUAAUCCUCUAAGGUCGAUGCCAUGUCAAAACGUCAUAGAGACCCUCAAUCGCCUUAAUAGAAGCCGCGAGACUGCAUCACCGACUGAGUCGGAGUACAAGCUAUACUGCGAGAAGAUCGACGUAGUCGGCAAUGAAGCAGCCGUCGUGCAACGAAUGCUGCCCCUCUUUCAAGGUUACGACAGCAGAUACAAUAUUGACAGGAACCGGGUGUUUUCUGACCUGCAAAAAGACCUUGGCUUCAACAAUGGCUUAUCUGCGCCUCAGCCUGACUUCGUCCAGGGCCUCACGAGAGAAGAGUUCCUUCCUGUUGACCUUUCCAAAAUCCAGGGUGCUGUUCUCUUCAAGGAUGAGUUGACAUCUACAACCUUACCGCAUUUUGCUGGAGAAUGGAAAUCCCGAUCUGGGGAUAUGUUUGAGGCGACACUUCAAAGCGGUUACGACGGCACAGCUAUGGUUUACGGAAGGAAUCAGGCGCGGGAGUAUCUCGGCGAGCCGGACACUCUGGAUCACUCUGCCAUCACAACCUUUACUUCGAACGGGGAGGAUCUCACAUUUUUCGCCCAUCAUGCAUUGCCAACGGGAGAGGAUGGGACAGCAGAGUACCAUCAGCACCAGUUGACACAAACAAAUCUAACAGAAUCAUACGAGUCUUUCAAUAAGGAUCGCAAGCAGAUCAGAAACGCGCAGGAUUGUGCGCGGGAGCAGUCGUUCGCUUUAAGGGAUCAGUUGUGGGAGCAGCAGAGAUCAAUACGGGGACAGGGCUUCAUGGCCACACUGGGGAGGGCUUCUGCUGCGACCUAUACGACAGUGGACGGGAAUGAAGACGACAAAGGCAGUGAAGGCUAG